AGUUAACUCCGACCGCCGUUUGCUAAAAAACUCUUGAUCACCAUCUCCUUCUCUCGCAGUCGCAAAACACUUUCCAAAACUGUAAGAAUAAUGAAUCAAAUGCAAAGGAUCCUCUCUGCUCGUCGAGUUUCUCCCUCAAUCAUACCUCCGUCGUGUUUUCUCCACCGGAGGCUGUUCUCUACCUCAGAAACCGAUGCUUCGUCUGCAAUGCUGUCCUCUUCGCAUGAAAAGAUCCAAACUUUCGAAGACAUAGCUUCCAAUAAAAGCCGAAGCUCAAACUCAUCUUCCCUCAAGGAACAUGAACUUGCCAAAUUCUCUGCCAUUGCUGACACCUGGUGGCAUUCGGAAGGGCCCUUUAAGCCAUUGCAUCUCAUGAAUCCAACAAGGUUGGCUUUCAUCCGCUCCACCUUAUGCAGACAUUUCAGUAAGGAUCCGAGUUCUGCUAGGCCCUUUGAAGGACUGAGACUUAUUGAUGUAGGUUGCGGUGGCGGACUACUUUCCGAGCCUCUAGCACGGAUGGGAGCAACUGUCACAGGAAUCGAUGCCGUUGAUAAGAAUGAUAUGGAUCCUAUGACUUCAACGAUUGAAUACCAUUGUACUACCGCAGAGAAGCUAGUGGAUGAGGGGAGGACGUUUGAUGCUGUUCUUGCCUUAGAGGUCAUCGAGCAUGUAGCGAACCCUGCAGAUUUCUGCAAAUCCUUGUCAGCAUUGACCAUCCCCAACGGAGCUACAAUACUUUCUACAAUCAACCGCUCCAUGCGAGCAUAUGCAGCAGCCAUUGUUGCAGCAGAGUACAUUCUACAAUGGCUUCCUAAAGGCACACACCAGUGGUCAAGUUUUCUAACUCCUGAAGAACUUACUAUGAUAUUACAACGUGCUUCAGUCGAUGUGAAGGAGAUGGCUGGAUUUGUAUACAACCCGAUAACAGGAAGAUGGUUGUUGUCAGACGACAUAAGCGUCAACUUCAUCGCUUAUGGGACCAAAAAAGAAUGA